AAUACAGUGGCAGGGCUGGAAAAGAACUGAGUAAUGCCAAAGAGGAACUUGAACUCAUGGCUAAAAAAGAAAGAGAAAGUCAGUUGGAACUUUCUGCUCUACAGCCCAUGAUGGCUGUGCAAGAAGAAGAGCUGCAGGUGCAAGAGGAAGAGCUGCAGGUGCAGGAAGAAGAGCUUCAGGUGCAGGCUGCUGAUAUGGAGCCUCUGACCAGGAAAAUGCAGACUAAAGAAGACCUCAUAAAGGACCUGCAAAUACAACUGAUUUUCCUGAAGACAUACCAGCUGUGGAAUGCCUUACCCAGGAAGUAUUACUUCUUUGGGAAAAAGUUGCUUCAGUAGAAUCCCAGGAUCAAGAAAUACCAGGAAACCAAAGACAACAGGUAAGUUAUUGGAAUAUAGAUUCACUCACACGCACACACACACACACUCUCUCUCUCUCUCUCUGUCUCUC